GCAAUUCGUAGUAUGACAGAAGAAGAAGCUGAAAAAAGUAUUUCAGUCGAGUUUCAGUACGACAAUUUUUGUAAUUUCGUAAUAAAAUGUGUAAUAAUGGAAAACAGGCAGCCCAGUUUAAAUGAUGUGAUAGUGCCAGAAUUGUACUUCCUAAUUUCAAAAUUUCUGACUGCGGGGCCGCUGGAAGAGACAGCAAAGGUUCUAGUGCAAGAAUUAGAGCAAAAGAAGGUACUGCCCCGACGCACCGACUGGCUAGGAAAUGAGCAUGAACAGACAUUUGCUGAAUUGGAACAAAAAUACGCGCAUAUUGGCCCGAAUCAUUUGCUAGAAAUAUGCAGUCGUCUUGGUCCAUUAGUCGACAAGGAGUUGGCACCAAGCGUCCCAGGAAUAAGCUCAUUGCUUGGCACUGGCCGUCAAAAUUUGUUACGCACAAAAGACACCGUAUAUCGGCAUCGUACUCUUCGGGAUUAUUGCACACGUCUGCAUGGCAUUUCACUGCCAGACUCAACGCUCACAAAGCCCAUACACAAUUUAACCAAAGUAAUCAACGGCCGAGAACAUGGUGGUUUGGUUCGUCGCAAAUUGCUGGUGCCCACAGAUCUCUACCGCAAGACAAAGCUGUUGCGGCGCACAGUUGGCCACCUUUCCUCGGUGUAUUGUGUACUUUUUGAUCGCACUGGUCGCUACAUAAUCACUGGUGCCGAUGAUUUGCUUAUCAAGAUUUGGUCUGCGGCGGAUGGGCGUCUGUUGGCUACGCUGCGCGGAGCCUCCGCCGAAAUAACCGAUAUUGCAAUUAACUUGGAUAACACAAUGUUGGCUGCUGGCUCAGUUGAUCGCAUUUUACGCGUUUGGGACAUGCAAACAACUUCACCGAUAGCAGUUCUUGCCGCCCAUACGGGCAUGAUAACCUCUGUUAAUUUUUGUCCAUCGCCACGCAGCGAUCUCAAAUAUUUGGUGACAACCAGCACAGACGGUUCAAUUGCCUUCUGGCAGUAUUCGACACCGCGUGGCCAAAAGAUAACUUUCGCACCGAGGCCCACACAGUACCAUGAAAAGUUAAGGCCGGGCCAAGCUCAGAUGAUGUGCACUACUUUCUCACCGGGUGGCAUGUUUUUAGCAGCUGGCUCAGCAGACCAUCAUGUGCGCGUAUACAUGAUGGCCGAAGACGGGCCCAAGCGCAUACUGGAAAUAGAAGCUUAUACAGACGCAGUCGAUUCAGUGCAGUGGUCGCAUCGCGGCUUGCGUUUCAUAUCAGGCAGCAAGGAUGGUACAGCGCACAUCUGGACCUUUGAGUCGCAACAGUGGAAAAGCAUUAAGCUAUGCAUGACCGAAAGGCUGCCGAGCUGUCCAGAGCCAGAGGAAGGCAAGAAACUAAAGGUUACAAUGGUUGCCUGGGAUGCCUCUGAUCGUUAUGUUAUUACGGCAGUCAAUGAUUUUACAAUUAAAAUCUGGGAUUCAAAAUCCGCUAAGCUACAUCGCGUGCUUCGGGGCCACAAGGAUGAACUAUAUGUGCUAGAAUCGAAUCCAAGGGAUGAACAUGUGCUGCUUUCGGCAGGCCAUGACGGUCAGGUGUUUCUGUGGGAUAUUGAGCAGGGCGUGUACGUGGCUCAGUUCUUUAACGACAUCGAUGGCCAAGGACAUGGCAGCGUAUUCGAUGCCAAAUGGUCACCGGAUGGCACCAUGAUAGCGGCGACUGAUUCACAUGGCCAUAUAUUAAUCUUUGGCCUUGGUAUUGGCACAGAAAAGUACAAAUUGUUGCCUACAGAGCUAUUUUUCCACACGGACUUUCGUCCGCUGCUACGUGAUGCACAUCAUCAUGUAGUGGAUGAGCAAACGCAAAUAAUGCCGCAUUUAAUGCCCCCACCAUUUCUUGUCGAUGCUGAUGGUAAUCCCCAUCCGACUAAAUACCAGCGCUAUGUUCCCGGCCGUGAAAGAUGCAGUACGGAUCAACUAAUACCCAAUUUAACCGUGGGCAUCGAUGGUAUUGUCAUUGAGGACAAUAUAAAUGCGCCGCCGAACGCUGCAGCUCCUGCUCCCGCUGCAGCAGUUGCUGUUGGGGUCGGAGGUGUGGCAGCAGGAGCCAUUGGACCAGGCGGCAAUGGACCAGGUGGCAAUUAUUCGCAUAUUGAUCGCAUGAUUGCUGCGCUAGCUAAUCGUCAGGGCAACAACGUUAAUAACGCGAAUGCGAACGAUGGCAACAUUUUGAAUCAGUCAUUCGAGCGACUUAUCAUGCGGCAAGGACAGGAUCAACUGCCCGAUUCGAAUUCCUCACGUAGUACCCCGCAACGCGGUAACGUGUUGGGCGGACGUCGUUCGUUGGCCGAGGGCGCGCCUCGUCAAGGUUGGGCCGCAGCACUGCCAGCAGCACCGGCGCCAGCAGCGGGUGAACAGUUGCAAGCUGAACCACUACUGGCUGUCCUACCUGCACAACAAGCAAUGCCAUUAAAAUUUGUGCGUCGUACUUACGUGCGCCCCAUGAAAUAUGCUCAACUGCAGAACCUCAAGCAAACCAUAUAUUCUGCUGGGCAGUACGAAAUGCAAGAAUAUAAACGUGAAAUGCGACGUCGCCCUAUCAUGAUUAAUACGGCCAGUGCAGCUUCUGCGCUUUUGGCUGGAGUUGGCAGGCAACGGAAUACACGAUCUAAUGGGGGUGGAAGGCCUGGACGUAGACGUGGCGCUCAAUCCGGUCAACAGCAGCAAGGAGGCCAACCGCCAGCCUAUCGGACGCGUGCUGUACGUGGUCAGGAGGAAGACAACUAUGAAGAUGCAGCGGUGGCCGCCCCACAUGAGGAGGAGGAAGAUGACGAUAGCAGCAACAGUUCCGGAGACACAAGUUACUCGAAUGUUGAAGAGAAUCUUGAGGAUAGUAGUGAAGAAUCAGACACAGAUAGCUCUGAUUAUUCAGACUGGGUGGCCGACACGCCCGGCCCAAAUCUCGAGCCCCCAAAGCGCUCCAAGCGCAAACCACUCUCUCGUCGUCGAACUAUCACCGAUGACAGUAGUGAUGAUGCAACGCCAGGUCAUGCAGCUGCCUCCAGCAAAAAGCGUGGGCGCAAGCGAGUGUUAAUACCGCCAACGGCGCCAAAUGGCGAAAUUCCAGAGCUUUACCGUCCAGCUGAGUGGCUUUCGGAAGUAAUACCACGCAAAGCACCGUACUAUCCUCAAAUGGGCGAUGAGAUUGUCUACUUCCGCCAGGGUCAUCAGCGUUAUCUAGAGGCUGUGCGUCUCAAAAAGGUCUAUAAACUAUCGCAUAGCUCAGAGCCCUGGAACUUUCGUACGCUACGUGACCAUGAGCUGGUGCGUGUAAUUGGCAUUAAAUACGAGAUUCGUCCGCCGCGUUUGUGCUGCCUGAAGCUGGCCAUCAUUGAUGAUGAGGGAAAUAUGACGGGCACUACAUUUAAAAUUAAGUAUCAUGACAUGCCUGAUGUGCUGGACUUUCUGGUACUGCGUCAGACCUUCGAUUUGGCGGUGCAGCGCAACUGGAAUAUCAGCGAUCGCUUCCGCUGCAUGAUCGGCGACGGCUGGUGGAUGGGUCAGAUUGAGUCGCGUCAUGCACUCAGUGCCGACUUUCCAGACUCGUUUUUCAUGUGUUUCCGCGUACGCUGGGAUAAUGGCGAGUACGAAUAUAUGAGUCCCUGGGACAUGGAGCCCAUUGAUGAACAGCGCCUACCUGAUGAAGUGGGCGGCGCUGUACCUGUACUACCAGAAGAAAUACGCGCCACUCUAUAUCAGCCGAAGUCCGAGGAGUGGCAUCGGGGCGAUCGAGACGGCACUUGUCGUCGCAUAAUCAAUGGACUCGAACAGGUGAUGCGCCUAUCCAUAGCGGAACACUUUCUGGCGCCAGUUGACCUCAAUAUAUAUCCGGACUACGCCUAUUUAAUUGAGUAUCCCAUCGAUUUAACAACAGUCAAGUCGCGUUUCGAAAAUCACUUCUACCGUCGCAUCACGUCGGCUCAGUUUGAUGUCCGGUAUUUGGCCACUAAUGCGGAGCAGUAUAAUCGUCGCCACACAAGCAUCGUGAAGCAUGCACGCAUUGUGACUGAUCUUUGUUUACGUAUCAUAAGGGAAGCCGAUGAGAUAGACGUGGCAGCCGUUUAUCAUCAGCUGGUUGACGUUUACCACUCAUCAGAGUCGGAGAAUGAAGCUGAUUCAGAUGUUGUACCAUCGACCAGCACCGGUCCAACCACUUCAGCAGCAGCUGCCCGUCAGCGGGUUUCAUCGACACGACGCUCGAAUCGUAUACGCUCAGAUGGCGAUUGGCGCUCCGACUGCCGGCAGCUGUUGGAUCUGAUGUGGCAGAGGCCAGAUUCACUGCCAUUCCGCGAGCCCGUCGAUACUAUUGAAUUUCCCGAUUAUUUGGAAAUCAUUGCCACACCGAUGGACCUGCGGACAGUCAAAGAGGAUCUGCUGGGCGGCAAUUACGAUGAUCCAUUAGAUUUUGCCAAGGAUGUGCGCCUCAUAUUCCUCAAUUCCAAGAACUAUAACACCAAUAAACGCUCACGGAUCUAUGCAAUGACUCUUCGUUUAAGUGCGCUCUUCGAGUCGCAUAUUAAAACGGUGGUAAGCAGCUGGAAGGCGGCUCGUAGACGCGCCAACAAGAACAAAUCGGGCAGCAGUGGACGUGGCUCCAGCAGCCCUAGCAAACGAACACCACCGGAUCGUGCCACACGGCGUACACAGAAACCAUCAGGUGCUGCCAGACGAUUACCAGCACACACAAGCGAGGAGGAUGAGGAUGAUGACGACGAUGAUGAUGAUGAUGACAGCGUGGCACAGCAACAAGCUCCGCGUGGCCCGCAGCGUGGCAAUAGGCGUCGCAAUGGCGUAGCUGCUAGUACCGCAAUUUCUAGCUCCAAUCGUGUUACAUCAUCGUCGUCUAACCCGCAGCAGCGCCGCCAUGAGAGUAGCAGUAAUUCGGACAGCGAUGAGGAAGAAGAGGAGGAGGAAACGACAUCGGAUGCCUCCAGCGAUGAAAAUGAGGAUGAUGAAGCGCACUCCAAUGGCAGCUCACCGCAGCAGGCACGUCGCCGUCGCGGACGACCAGCGCGCCAGAAUGUCAGUGAUGAUGAGACCAAUGCCAACGAUUCUGAAGAAAGCUAUAAUCCAAAUGAGCGGCGAGGCCGAGGCCGUGCAGGAGGUGGUAACAAGCGUAAGGUGAACAGCAAGCGAAGACACAACAACAAAAGACAUCGUUCGGAUCAGGACGGUCAGCAACCUGGUGGAAGUCGUGGGGCGGCUGCAGCCCAAACCCGUCGCACACGCCGUUUGCUUGGCAGCUCCGAAGAAGAAAAUCAUACCACAGCAUCCCAUUCCCAUCCAGAUGAUAGCACUCAGGACAGUCAGGCACCCAGAAAAAAAGGUCGGCCAGCAAAGAGCAAGAGUUCAACGACCGUUGGAAAUGGGCCAAGCACCAGUGCUGCCGCAGCUUCGGCGGGUUCCAGCGUUGAGAGUCCCUCACGAAAUACGCGUGCCAAUGGCGCCCGAUCACAGAAUGCUGCUGAAAAUGAUCACAGCUAUCAUUUGCCCGUUCGCAAUGGUCGUAUCAUUGAUUCAGAUACAGAUUCUCAUGGCCCAGUCGGGCGACCCACAAGGCAGAGUGCAAAACGUGCACUGAUGGAUUGGGCGCGUGGCAGUGAUAUCGAAGAAGAAGAGGAGGACGAUGAAAGCGAAGAGGCUGAAGAGAUUCUACCCACGCCCACGCCCACUAAGGACGACUUGCCGUCGACUAGUCGGGCUGCCUUAGGUCAAGCAGGUGCCUCUGCUACUGCCACGUCAUCACGGCAGCUGCGUACAAAUCGCAAUACCGUUGUAACUGCUGCCGCGGAGAGCGAAGAUGACGAUGACAGUGAUAAUGAGCCCUUGGCCAAUAACCAGCAAAAAACUGCCACUGGACCAGCAAAAACUAGCACACCAGCUCCGCAUCCGUUGACGUUGCGCCGACGUUUACCGUCAGUGCCACUUAGCACGCAUAUGACGCGAUCGCAUGCCACAUCAACAACUAGUAGCUCCACUCAGCAGGAACCAGCAAUGGCUGCGCAUGACCAUAACUAUUUAGGCAAUGAGUCAGCGGCGGCUUCUCGCGCACCUCGACGCGUGUUGUCGCGUCAUCAGCGUAAUGCGGAUGAACUGGACACAAGCAUCGAUCCGCUAAACAACUCACGUCUACUGUCUCUUAUGUCAAAUCCCAGACGUCCCACCUCUACAACAAACAAUGCAACAACACGUCGACUACGCGCCCGUACCAGUCAGGAGCAUUCCCAGAGUGAAGAAGAGGCACAAGCCGCAGAGCUGCCUGAAGAAGAGGAGGCCGCUGCCUCUGACGAAGGCACUGAUGGUGGUUCCAGCUCUCAGGGUAGCAACGAUGAUGAUGAUGAUAAUGAACCAACUGCCACAGACUCUGAAGACAAUCAGCCUCUAACCAGCUAUGUAUCACCCAGCAAUGGACGAACACGGCGUAAAACUAAAACCUCAUCUUCAUCAGCAGCGACUGUAACGCAGGGACGCGAACAGCGACAACGUCGUCGUGGUCGUGCACCUUCCGAUCAGUCUGCCAAUGAUGACGAUGAUGAUGAUUAUGAGGCUCCGCGUGGGCGCCCCAAUCGUCUUCGUAGUAAUCAGCGCAGCGGUCGCAAUCAGAAACGUCCGCGUUAUAAUGAGCAAUCAGAUGAGGAAGAUCAACAAGAGGGACACAGCCAGCGAAAGCGUAUCCGCAACGGCGAUGCUCAAGCCGCGACCAACAAUAAUAGCUCCCAAGAACGCGAGCAACAGCCCCACCUAGAGGAUGGCGACGGCAGUAGCACAGUAGACAGUGACGAACAACUGGUGAGCGUCAGCAGCCGGGGACGUGUGCGUAAGAUAUCAGCAAAAGCACGUGGCAUAUUUAAGGAUUAAAGUUGGGCCUUCAGCUG